AGACUAAAAAGGCAAGAAAUCCAAGUUGUCUAGAGCAGAACUUGCAAAGGAGGAAGAUGAAGACAUUCAGUUUAUGAAGCGUCUACAGAAUAACUCUAAUGAUUUGGACAACAAACCUUGUUGCAGCUACACAACAGAGAAUUUGGCCACUGAGGUAUGUAAUAUAUAUAAUAGUUUCAUAUUUGGCUAUUACUUGUACUCUCAUUCUCAUUGCCAGACUACACCUCUUGACCACAAUUUAACGAGUUCUGCUAUCAGAGAUGAUCUUUGGCCAUUGUGGGCUGAAUUACAAGACCAGAAAUCGACUUUGACAAAGCUUACUGAAAAAGUCACGGAGAUCCACAGGCUUCCGUUUGAUAGAAAGCAGGAAAAGCACUCUUUAUAUGACAGUCCAGCUGUACAGACACAACAACAGAGACAACAGCCACCGCCUCCACUUUUGCAGCAGCAGCAGCAGCAGCAUCCGCGUGAAAUGGUCACCACUACUGAGCCGUUGUCUGGUGGUGCAUGCUAUUCUAUUGCUGAUGCUUCUGGAGAACGUAUGUGCAUUGUAGAAAAUUUGUAAUACUGAAUAGAUGGUUAGUUUUGGGUAUACUUUCUAGUAAUAACAAAAGUACAUACUCAAAUAUCUAAUACUUGACAGACACCUAGUAUAGUAAAAUUGAGUUCUUACUGGAAAGUACUAGGUACUUGGCUAAAUUUUUAGUUAUCUACAGGA